CUGCGCCGGACCGGGCCAUUUCCGGUGGGUUGGCCUCGUUCUGAGUCUGAAGUGCGCGUGUCCCGGUAGUUGCCGUGCGCCCGCCAUGGUCCCGCGGGAGCUCGGUUGCCUCCUCCUCCUGCUCUGCCUGCUCGGCGCCUGCGCGGUGUCCAGCUCCCCCGGGCCGGCGGGGACCUCGCCGCCCCCGGGCACCGCCGCCAACGGGACGGGGCCGGCCGGGAACCACAGCGACAGCGGGGUCCGAGGCCUGGACCUGCUGGGCGGGCGGUUCCCCGCGGUGCAACGGGGCUUCUACGUGCUCACCGGCCUCUGCGCGCUGGCCGCGCUCUACUUCCUGGUGCGGGCGCUGCGGUUGAAGAAACCUCAGCGGAAGAAAUAUGGUCUCCUUUCAAACUAUGAUGAAAAUAUGGAGUUGGGUUCUCUCGACAGCGAUGAAGACACAGUGUUUGAAACAAGAAAUCUGAGACGGUGAUGGUGGGACCAAUGGCUCCAACUGCACAGACUGACCGAGAAGGUGCAAGUUCACCAGCAGAAUCACCUCACCAGUUCUUGGGUUUAUUUUUUCUAACUGCUUAAGAUGACUGCUAGUUAACAGCACACAAUUUUACAGGUGUGUGGGGGAGGGAUCUAAACCUGUUUCCCUUAUGUAGGAGAAGGCGGAGUGAUGAAAUGACAAGUCCUACUGCACUAGGUGGGAUCGCUCACGCCGGAAGCUUUGUAACUCUCUUGAUAAUGAAAAUGAGACUAUCUAAGGCGGGCUUUCGGUUUCUAACAUUCCUAGUGAUGGACUGAAGUAUUGCAGCCAUGUCAGUCUGCCUACGAAAUCUAGUCAAUAUCCUGUAUAUGUUUAUAUCCCACUCUCUAGCAAUUACUGCAAUGAAACUGAAGUGGUAUCAGGCAGUUGGAUUCUCUUGUAGCCCACACAAUGCUCUUGCAGUGUUGAUAUAGGAUUACUUUUUACUAAUUGCCUUUAUAACUGACUCCACAUAAGCGAUAUCAGUCUCUGAGGUCUGGAGCUAUCCUUUGCGUUAGGUAAUGGAUCUGUACUGUAUUACGUUAGUUCAGCCCGCUGGAGAACGGCUGUGGGGUGGAGGGAGCGGGUUAAGUUCAUCAGUAUUCUUGCAGUUGCUAUUAGUGCUAAUGCCGCAACCCAAAGAUGGACGUGACACAGUGACAAUACAAGUCAUUGCCUGACUUAGAGAAUGAAGAAAUGUGUUUACAGCUAAGAGAGCUCACUGAGGCAGGAGGAGAGGCUGAAGUCGUAAUAACUUGUUUGGCUAGACUGUGGGAUCAACGCAGGUUCAGAUUCUACUCUCUUGUAUAGUUGCAAACCAAAGUACCUGCAAAAGAUCCCUUCACCGCAGAGCGGUUUAAUAUCUACCAAGCUAUUAGAUUCAGUACAGAUGGCAUUGCUGUCCAAGGUCGCCAGGCGUAGAAAGUCGGAAGUGCUUGUCCCCAGUGCAACGCAUCCAAGAACAACUGUUGGCUGGAAAAAGCGGAAUAACCUUGAAGAGGAGUUGAAGCCGGAUCCCUAUCGACUGCAAAUCUUAAGCUGAGGAAGUGCUGGUUCAAAAAUAACUCUUCUUGCGUGGGGGGAGCAGUUUCAGUUCAUGCAUUAGUGCUCUGGGCUGUGCCAUGGAAUAAGCCCAGUGAGCCGCAGAAAAGUCCCGGUGUAGCCUGGUUGUGUUGAUGGUCAGUGAACCGUGGUGUAGGGGCCAUAUGUGAAUGUACUAGGAGUGUGCAGCAAAUAUCUCCUUCCCUGCACCCUCAUCAGGUACAGACCCCACUUGUAUUCUGGUGGAAACUGUGCUAGCAACAAUCCUGAUUAAAGCACACUUCUUGCAAGCAUGUGGCUUCAGCCACAGUGCAGAUGCAGGGUGCAGUUUAUUUGCAAAUUAAGGGCCAUACAGCUCUGCAGUCCUGAAGAUCCCUCUCCUCGGGGGUGGAGGGGGAGCCAUUGCUACAAGAAUCCCAGCACAGUCACCCUGUAAGCUAGAAAAUCCCCUACUGGA